CAACCGAAUGUUGACUGUCAUUUCCGUUUUCACAGCAGCACACAUCACCAUAAACAACAUAGCUAGGAUUAUACAUAUAGUAAUAGUUGAUCACAAAGUCGUUGUUUUACUUGAGAGUGAGACCAACUUAUUUCAACAUGCCGGAACGAGAACGAGGAGAACGAGAGAGUAAGUUUAAUUUAUUUGGCAUUGUGUGUGCUAACGUCAACUAGCUAACGUUAGCCAGUUAGCUAGUCAACUAACAAAGAUAGCUAGCUACUACUGAUAACUUUCCCCAUUUGUCUGUGCAGCUAACGUUACUGAAUAUUACGUUUAGACGUUGCAUUAUCAAUGUUAACUGUAUAUAGUUAUAUGGAUUAAUAUUUCCUGGCUCAAAAGACAACCUUAGCUAGCUAACUAGAUAGGGUGUUUGUUAGCUAGCAAGCUAUGCUAGGUAGUUAGCUACUGUUAAAUAGCCUAAUGUCUGAGUAGCCACUGUUUGCCCAUCUUGCAAAGAAAAAGUAACCUCUCUCAAUUACCUCCUAUCUGCUCAAUGUAUCUAUUUCGGUAGCCAUUUAUGAACUCUUAGCUAAUUGGUGUUUUACUGCAGUGGCGUCAACCACGUAUUAAUUAUUUAGUAGCAAGUCAUAUUAACUAGUCAUUCGAUGCAGUCGAAGUGAAGCGCGCACCAAUUGACACAGUUGCCAGUUCUCACCGGAAAGAUGGCGUCCACAGGUAGUAACGUUAACGUCGUCUUUCUUUCUUUUACAGCCGAGUCGUUCUCCAACCCUCUGGCUCCGGAUGGCCACGAGGUGGAGGACCACCGGUCAGCACUUCAGUAAGUGAGGCUUUUGUUGCCGUUUACAAUAUUUGCAUAACAACACAUUUGUUCACCACAUCAGCUUUUGGAUCAUGAGAACAGAGGACCCAGUGUGAUGACACCUAUUGAAUAUGUCUGAGAUAUGUUUCGAUUGUUUCAUCGUACAUUUUGAACGAGUAUGAAUGGUCUGAAAGUCUUCCAAGACUACUUUAGACUACACAUACUGUGUGGCUUAACCUCUGCAUUUUUUCCUCUUCAGGUCCAAGCUGACAAAUGAGGACUUCCGUAAACUUUUGAUGACCCCUCGUGCCACGCCCUCAUCAGCUCCCCCAUCCUCCAAAUCCUCCAGACAUCAUGAGUGAGUGAUGGAUUUACAGUGCCAUAGAGUAGUCCAUUGGAUCAUGAAUAGAUGAUUUGGGUAUAGUUAAAAAUCCAAUUACAAACAGUCUUGAAUCAACACAUACAGAACUGAAUGAGCUUUUUUACAGGAUGCCCCGGGACUACAGCGAAGAGGAUGAUCCUGCAGCCCGUAGACGGAAGAAGAAAAGGUGGUGCUUUCAUUAAGGGUGGCAGUCUAGAAUAACUGUUUCUCUUAUAAUUUGAUUAAACUGAAUGUUUGUUGUCAUAUUACCUGAGGUCUCUCAGCUGUCACCCACUGACCUUUGCCCUCUGCUACCCCUAUCAGUUAUUACGCCAAGCUGCGUCAGCAGGAAGUGGAGAGGGAGCGGGAGCUAGCUGAGAAGUACCGUGACCGUGCCCGGGAGCGUCGUGAUGGCGUCAACAAGGACUACGAGGAGACAGAGCUCAUCAGCACAACAGCCAAUUAUAGAGCAGUGGGGCCCACAGCAGAGGCGUGAGUUUCCCCAGUCAGACCACCAUGUGACCAUAAUGCUACUGUCUACUCCCUACCCUUUGUGGUGGUGUAUCGACGUGUUCUGUAUGGAUGUCCAUGGUGAUGUAUUGUUGUGUCGACAGGGAUAAUUCGGCAGCUGAGAAGAGGCGGCAGAUGAUCCAAGAGUCUAAGUUCUUGGGUGGUGACAUGGAGCACACUCACUUGGUGAAAGGGUUGGAUUUUGCCCUGUUGCAGAAGGUCCGUCUACUGUCCUUUUUCAUGAUGCUAAGUUCAUUAAUAUACAGAAGCUGCCCGCCCAGAUUCUUUGUCUUUGCCAUUAGAAUAGCGUUUCAAGUUCCGGGGGCUGGUCUAGUGGUAGUUCUGCUGCCCCCGGACCAAUAUGCCUGUAAGGGCAGUGGUUUGAUUCCCUCGUCCGCCACUCACUUCCUGAGCUUUAUCCCUCUUCCUAUCUACAUGUCUAACCUGGAUCUGUCAAUAAAACUUGAGUCAGGUUUUAGAAAAAAUGAAGAAAAAAAGAAUAGCAUUUGAACCUGAAAUGAAGGAAUCAGAAGAUGCUUGAGCUCAGACUAUCAGUAAUACAGCCAUGUAGUAGCUAUAGAAUGCCAUCUACAGUGAGGGGAAAAAACUAUUUGAUCCCCUGCUGAUUUUGUAUGUUUGCCCACUGACAAAGAAAUAAUCAGUCUAUAGUUUUUUUGUUGUUGUUAUUCUCUCACUGUUCAAAUAAACCUACCAUUAAAAUUAUAGACUGAUCAUGUCUUUGUCAGUGGGCAAACGUACAAAAUCAGCAGGGGAUCAAAUACUUUUUUCCCUCACUGUAUAUUGUAGAAGACAUCAGGUUUGACGUAUGCUGAAGCUAAGGGAUGCUAAUUUCUUGGCUGUUCCAAUGGGACACACUGUCAUUGCUCCCUCCUCCCUCGCUGAAAGAGUGAAAAUACCAAGUAGGUCACCCUGUUCUAUCACUCCUGCUGUGCACACCCAGAGGUGAAGAAAACGUCCUCUGCUGUGCCAUAUAAUGGAACAACUGCAGCAGAGUAGGGAUUGUGUCGACCUACAAUAAAUAGUUAACAUGGAUAUCAUGCUUGUCUACUUGCAGGUGCGUGCUGAGAUCACCAGUAAGGAGAAGGAGGAGGAGGAUAUGAUUGAAAAAGUAACAAAGGAAGUCAAGUAUGUAUAUCAGUAUUUCUUCCCCCUCUUUUCUUUUAGCAUAAAACACUUAUUCCUUUUCUGAACGAGCUCGCCAGUGUCCUCAUUCCAGAGACAGUAACCUGUAUUCUUUCCUCCAGGAAAGAGAUUGAACCAGAGGAGAAAAUAGAGUUCAAGACACGUCUAGGUGAGUAAUAGUUGUCUACUGGAAUUUGGGCCCAUGUAGAGGUAAAUCACUCCAGCUGGUUGGUGGUGUUGACAGUCUCUCUGCUCCACCCCCAGGAAGGAACAUCUACCGGAUCAUGUUUAAGGGCCGUCAGUUUGAGAGGAAUGAGCUGUUCCUGCCCGGCCGUAUGGCAUACGUAGUGGACCUGGAGGAUGAGUACGCAGACACCGACAUCCCCACCACACUGAUCCGCAGCAAGGCUGACUGCCCCACCAUGGAGGUCAGACUGCACUGCAGACCACAAUAGCAUGAACUAUGACCUUUGUUAUGACCGUAUCAUAGAAUAUAUAUUACAGUCCAUGGUUUAUGUAGAGGUAUGUGUAACUUCUCUCUUUUCAGGCUCAGACAACUCUCACCACCAACGACAUCGUCAUCAGCAAGCUAACCCAGAUCCUGUCCUACCUGCGACAAGGGACCCGCAACAAGAAGAUGAAGAAGAAGGAAAAAGGAGGUUGGUCUUAAUGACUUUUAUUGGUUCACCACUGGAUACUGAUGCCUGCACCUUUUUUCAUGACAUCUGGUUGCUUAUAUACAGUUCACAAUGAAAUUAUUUCCCGUGGUUUCUUCUUACAGGGGUGAAAAUAGAUGAGAAGAAAGCUCCAGGACCAGAGGCAGACGUAAGGUCAGUGUGGUGGCUCUCAUAAAGGCUGUUUUCAUUUAAUCAUUUUCUGUUUCUUUUGAAGAUCUGUUGUUUUACAUUUACAUUUUAGUCAUUUAGCAGACGCUCUUAUCCAGAGCGACUUACAGUUAGUGCAUACAUUUUUUUAUUUGUUUAUUUAUUUAUUUUUUCUUCCAUACUGGCCCCCCGUGGGAAUCGAACCCACAACCCUGGCGUUGCAAACGCCAUGCUCUACCAACUAAGCUACAUCCCUGCUGGCCAUUCCCUCCCCUACCCUGGACGACGCUGGGCCAAUUGUGCGCCGCCCCAUUGUUCCUAUCGAACUCAAACCAUUCCCUUCUCCAUCCUAACAGUAUCUUUGAUGACAUCGGAGACUACGCCCCAUCUACCUCCAAGGCCAUCCGGGACAAGGAGAAGGAACGCUACCGGGAGAAGGAGCGGGACAGAGAGAGGGAGCGGGACAGAGAGAGGGAGCGGGACAGAGAGAGGGAGGAAGAAAGGACACGCCACAGUUACUUUGAGAAGCCCAGAGCAGAUGACGAUGAGACCAUGGAGAUUGAGACAGGUAAUUCAUCAACCAUAGCAUACAAUUACCAUGCUCUUUUAAAAUGUAUUAUUGAUCCCCAUUCAACCCUAUUACACAUUCUGACCUCUGGCCUGUCUAUCCUCUUCGGACCGUACAGGUCCAGGAUCAGUGAAGGACCAGAUCAAGCUGAUCAAUGACAAGUUUGCAGGAUCAACAACUCCCCAGUGGCCAGGAGAAACAUAUCCUUUUCACUGUUUGGGCCAGAGAGCCACAUUCUCUUGGCUUACAAGGCUGGACUUGACAACAAUGUCUUCAUUCCUAGUAUUUAGACUGGACAGAGGGGAACUAUGUCUUCAUUCCCAGUAUUUAGACUGGAUAGAGGGGAACUAUGUCUUCAUUCCCAGUAUUUAGACUGGACAGAGGGGAACUAUGUCUUCAUUCCCGUAUUUAGACUGGAUAGAGGGGAAUUUAGAGGGGAACUAUGUCUUCAUUCAGAUUUAGACUGGAUAAGGGAACUAUGUCUUCAUCCAUAUUUAGCUGGAUAAGGAACUAUUCUCAUUCCCAGUUUUAAAUGGAUAGGGGGACUAUUGUCCUCAUUCCCAGUAUUAAACUGGAUAAGGGGACUAGUCUUCAUCCAUAUUUAACUGGACGAGGAACUAGUCUCAUCCAGUAUUUAGACUGAUAAGGACUAGUCUCAUUCCCAGAUUUGACUGGACAGAGGAACAGUCUUCAUUCCCAUUUAGCGGGAUGAGGGGAACUAUGCCUUCAUUCCAGUUUUGAUGGAUAGAGGGGCAACAUGUUUUCAUUCCCAGUAUUUAGACUGGAUAGGGAACUAUGUCUUCAUUCCCAGUAUUUAGACUGGAUAGAGGGAACUAUGUCUUCAUUCCCAGUAUUUAGACUGGACAGAGGGGAACUAUGUCUUCAUUCCCAGUAUUUAGACUGGAUAGAGGGGAACUAUGUCUUCAUUCCCAGUAUUUAGACUGGAUAGAGGGGAACUAUGUCUUCAUUCCCAGUAUUUAGACUGGAUAGAGGGGAACUAUGUCUUCAUUCCCAGUAUUUAGACUGGAUAGAUGUAUUAUACAUCCUGUGAGACAUCUGGCUCCUUCUGUCUGUGGUAACACCAGUCCAGUUGUGUGUGCUGGUGGUGGAUGUGUUGUGGCCUGGUUGGUCCGCUGGUCUCCUUAACUGCGAGCUACUGCUGGGUCGCGUGGCCGUAAAGAGGAGAAGCUCGGGGACUUCUUUGGCAUGUCCAACAGCUAUGCUGAGUGCUACCCAGCCACGUGAGUCCCCUGAUUCAUCCAUGUCACAUCACUGUACUGAAGCAGGGUGGACACUGGGCUUUAUACCAGGUCAUUUGAUGUAGUGGGUGUACCUGUAUGAUUUGGGUGUUCUCUCUCUGUUCUCAGUAUGGACGACCUGGCUGUGGACAGUGAUGAAGAGGUGGACUACACCAAGAUGGACCAGGUUGGUGCUUCAUCUUUGAAACCGUAGUCCCCUCCUAGAUAGACCUUUGGGUUCAUUGUCAGCCAUCAUGUGUUUCUAGUCAUGUGACAGUGGGUUGUGUGAUAUGUUGCGGUGUGGUUGACAUGCUUUUGACCUCUGUUUUGGCUGUCUGUCCUCUAUAGGGUAACAAGAAGGGUCCUCUGGGUCGCUGGGACUUUGACACUCAGGAUGAAUACAGUGAAUACAUGAACAACAAGGAGGCUCUGCCAAAGUAUGUCAUCUUAAAGCUUGUCUCAACAAUGAACCUGGAAUCCUUUGUUUCAUGCGUUCAUUACAGCACACAGUGAUAGAAACAUCAUUGGAUUCCUUGCCAUUUCUAUGAAAUGUUUUUAAUCAGGCCAAGUCAUUUAAUAUUCAUUGCAGACAAACUGUGUUCGUCCCCUCAGGGCUGCUUUCCAGUAUGGCAUCAAGAUGUCUGAGGGGAGGAAGACUCGCCGCUUCAAGGAGACCAAUGAGAAGGCAGAGCUGGACAGGCAGUGGAAGAAGAUCAGUGCUGUAAGUGGGCGGUUUAAUGGCUCCCUUAACAGGGUUGUGAGUGGGCGGUUUAAUGGCUCUGUUAGCAGGGUUGUGAGUGGGCAGUUAAAUGGCUCUGUUAGCAGGGUUGUGAGUGGGCGGUUUAAUGGCUCUGUUAGCAGGGUUGUGAGUGGGCGGUUUAAUGGCUCCGUUAGCAUGGUUGUGAGUGGGCGGUUUAUGGCUCUGUUAGCAGGGUUGUGAGUGGGGGCGGUUUAAUGGCUCUGUUAGCAGGGUUGUGAGUGGGCAGUUAAAUGGCUCUGUUAGCAGGGUUGUGAGUGGGCGGUUUAAUGGCUCUGUUAGCAGGGUUGAUUGGCGGUUUAAAUGGCUCUUGAGGUUGUGAAGGUUGGGCGGUUUUAAUGGCUCUGUUAGCAGGGUUGUGAGUGGGCGGUUUAAUGGCUCUGUUAGCAGGGUUGUGAGUGGGCGGUUUAAUGGCUCUGUUAGCAGGGUUGUGAGUGGGCGGUUUAAUGGCUCUGUUAGCAGGGUUGUGAGUGGGCGGUUUAAUGGCUCCGUUAGCAGGGUUGUGAGUGGGCGGUUUAAUGGCUCUGUUAGCAGGGUUGUGAGUGGGCGGUUUAAUGGCUCCGUUAGCAGGGUUGUGAGUGGGCGGUUUAAUGGCUCUGUUAGCAGGGUUAUGACCGUGUUAUCAGAGUGUACUGAGAUAUAAACCAGGAAAGGUUGUCUUAUUAAUGAUGUGCUUUUUCCCUCACAGAUCAUCGAGAAGAGGAAGAAGGCUGAGGCAGAUGGGUGAGUACAUUUCCUUCAGUCUGGUUUUCAUCUUACAUCCUACAGUUAGUGUACAUGACUGAGCGCAGACAGAGUAGGAUGGUAGUGGGAGAGGACUGAGAGCAGACAGACAGUAGGAUGGUAGUGGGAGAGGACUGAGCGCAGACAGUAGUAGGAUGGUAGUGGAGAGGACUGAGCGCAGACAGACAGUAGGAUGGUAGUGGGAGAGGACUGAGGCAGACAGACAGUAGGAUGGUAGUGGGAGAGGACUGAGAGCAGACAGACAGUAGGAUGGUAGUGGGAGAGGACUGAGAGCAGACAGACAGUAGGAUGGUAGUGGGAGAGGACUGAGCGCAGACAGACAGUAGGAUGGUAGUGGGAGAGGACUGAGAGCAGACAGACAGUAGGAUGGUAGUGGGAGAGGACUGAGAGCAGACAGACAGUAGGAUGGUAGUGGGAGAGGACUGAGAGCAGACAGACAGUAGGAUGGUAGUGGGAGAGGACUGAGCGCAGACAGACAGUAGGAUGGUAGUGGGAGAGGACUGAGAGCAGACAGACAGUAGGAUGGUAGUGGGAGAGGACUGAGAGCAGACAGACAGUAGGAUGGUAGUGGGAGAGGACUGAGAGCAGACAGACAGUAGGAUGGUAGUGGGAGAGGACUGAGAGCAGACAGACAGUAGGAUGGUAGUGGGAGAGGACUGAGAGCAGACAGACAGUAGAUGGUAGUGGAAGACUGAGCAACAGACAUGGUAUGGGAGAGGACCCGAAGCAACAGACAUAGGAUGUAGUGGGAGGAUGGAGCAACACAUAGAUGGUAGGGGAGACUGAGGCAACAAAUGUAUGGAGGACUGAGCCAGACGACAGUAGAUGGUAUGGUAGAGGCUGACAACAGACAGUAAUGUAAUGGAGAGACUGAGACAGACAGACGUAAGGAUGGUAGUGGGAGAGGACUGAGAGCAGACAGACAGAUAGAUGGUAGUGGGAGAGGACUGAUGAGCAGACAGACAGUAGGGUGGUAGUGGGAGAGGACUGAGAGCAGACAGACAGUAGAUGGUAGUGGGAGAGGACUGGAGCGCAGACAGAAGUAGGAUGGUAGUGGGAGAGGACUGAGAGCAGACAGACAGUAGGAUGGUAGUGGGAGAGGACUGAGAGCAGACAGGAUAUGAUGGGAAGAUGGCGGUGGUAUCUGACAGACUGUCAGAGCUGCUCACUGUGCUGUACAGUGGUGAUCUACAUUCUGCUCACACUCAGAAAGGAGGAAAACAUCUCAAGUACAACUGCCUCAUCUCCCCACUCCAGAAAUACUGCAUCAUGCAAGAUGCUGCCUGAAAUAUUCUCAAACAUAAAUGGCAGAUUGUCAAUUAUGAUGGUAAAUGUAUGUUAAAUUCACACUGCUCUAUAUUCAUUUUAUUCCUUUUUAUUUCAGGGAGAAGCCAAAGAGGCCAAAGUAUUAAUGUUGUCCCCUCAUGCAUAUUUUGGAACAUGUUGAAAAUCUUGCAAUAUAUUGUAUGCUAAAAAUCCUGUUUGUAUUUUGUGGAAUACUAGAUUGUGUAUUGUUAUGAUUACUUUGUAUCUUUCGUCUUGGAAAUGUAACCAUGAAUGAGAAUUGGAGCACAAUGUUAUGCAGCUUUUACACAAACUGUAUCUCUAUUCGGUAA